ACAAAGGAAUCUGGUGUGACCGCUGCUCUUCCCUUCCACUGCCCUGCUUGCCGUCCCCCGUUCGUCUUCUUUGCUCCUUUACCCGCACUUAACAAAGCCUUCGACAGACAACGACUGCACCAAAGAGUUUGCCCGGUGAUCUGCUGAGGUGACGGGAAGCCUGAGUAUUGUUUGUUCAUCCGCGUCCAGGACAAGGAGACGGCUUCCGAGCCAGCGCGGACAAAGUGUCCUUCGCAGCGGGUAGUUGCACAAGAUCUUCCGUCAGGCAUUGACGUUCGUCCGUUCAGUCUCGGCAACGUCCCGUCGGAGAUAAUCACUCGUCCAGCCUGAUCAGAGUCAGUGAUGGUCGGGAUGCCUUCAAACGCUGCCCACUUCGAGGUGGACGACUAUGGCCUUGGCGCCGUGGCUCAGCACAAUGCUGCUGUGAGGAAACAAGAGUCGUCUCCUCGCCAGAACGAUGUGAAGGGCCCGGGCAUUCAUCAUGGAACCUACCUCGACGACGAUGCAUUCUUGCACAACCCACCAACUCCAAGAUCAACAACCGAGACUGAAGGAGUCCGUACCAGAAGCGGCCGCUCCACCAGACGUACAGACUCCCCAUUCAGCACCGGCAACGCCCGCGGCUCGAAGUCUCCAGCAGCACGAUCCAAGAAGGAAAAGAAGUCCAAGGUGCUCGAGAAAGCCAAGACGCCGAAGCUGACGGCACCGCUGUCCGUCCUCACGAAAGACCUUGAUGCGCCCGUCAAAGACAUGGACGCAUGGGUCCACCGCUCAGCAGCCGUGCGACGCGAAGAGGUGGAGAAGCGACACGGCUACGUCACUCGACCCAUGAACUCCUUCAUGCUCUAUCGCUCCGCGUACGCCGACCGCACCAAGCAGUGGGCGACGCAGAACAACCAUCAAGUCGUGUCGUCCGUGGCGGGGGAGAGCUGGCCUAUGGAGCCGGAAGAAGUGCGCAAUCAGUUCAACGAAUGGGCGAGGAUCGAGCGGGCCAACCACGCUGCUGCGCAUCCGGAGUACAAGUUCUCCCCGAGCAAGGCGACGAAGAAGCGCAAGAGUGAGUUCUCGGAGGAUGAAGACGAAGCCAGCGAUGUGGAUGGUGAUCCGGAUGGCGAGUAUCGUGCUGGCGGAAGGAGUGCACGCCAGCAUCGGCAACGCGAGCCUGCUGAGGUCUUCUACCUCAACGACACCGUCGGCUUCAGUUCGAACCCGUACUACGCGCAGCAAGGAUGGAACAUGCCUCCGCAGCAGCAUCUCGGGUACGGACACCCAGGCCACACGCUUCCAUCCAACGCAUCUUUCGAUGCACGGAGCAUGACCUUCGACCCGCAGAUCAAGACCUUCGUGCACACCAACGCCCAUCAGCAGUACUCGGGGUACGGCGCUUACAUACCGCAAGAGACACGCAUCCCCACUCCGAACUCGCAGCACGGCGCCCAGUCACUCGGAGGGUACGGACUUCCGGGCCAGAUGACGACAAACGAUCUUUUCGGCAGCUCGCGGACAGGGACACCAGCAAUGGCGCAGCAGCAGCAAUACAACCCGUACGGCCAGUCUGUCUAUCAGCAGCAACAGUACCUGCCCUUCCAGAACAACGGCGGCGCCAACCCAUCGCAUCAACAGCAACAAUACUUAUACGAACAUCAGCAAUACCUGCAAGCCGCAUCGCAGCCACAAGCAGCCAUCGAUCCGGGUCUGGAGGGUCAUGCUCAAUUCUCUGCUUCGGAGAACCACUUUGAUGAUGCUUUUGCGGGGCUGACGAGUGAUGGGACAUUCGUCAACAUGCCGGAGUACUUUCCUGAGUCGAUGAGUCCGAAUCAGACUUUGGCACCGAGGUGGGAGCCUAGUGCGGCGGAUUUGAAUUGAAAGGGGUAUGGGAAUGGUGGGUCCAGUUCUGUGGCGGAUGUGGGGAGCUCGGGAUGUGUGGAAUAUGCUUGUGCAUAUUGUAAAGUGUGAUUGGGAGAACCUGAGAGAUACUUGGUUUAGAUGAAGGAGAUUUGCGAGAGAUGUAUUUGUUUAGAUGGUGGCUUCACAGCCGACUCAGGGGGAGGGAUGCGACUGAGAUAGACGCUUUGUUUUUGGGUCACGUCGUUCUGUUCUUCUUCAUCUUCUUCGUGCAGAAUUGGUCCAAGGAGCGGAAAGAACGUGAGAAGGAGAGACAUGCGUCUGCGGGUAAGCGGUUUGAACAAAGGCAUUGUCUGGAGCUUGCAAGAGAGUGUGGAGAUGGUGUGACGUGACACUCGGAUCGGGAAGCAUCGUUUUGUGAUUCUUUUCGAGCAGACGGAGCCGUCCAUAGAAACUGCCUUACAUUGAAGACUGAAUGAAGAUGGACCUGUUGUUGAAGAGAUG